UAGGUUGUCCUGAGUCGGACCUCUGGGACAGGACCGCCCCCACCCCCUUGUUAGAUGCGUCCACCUCUACCACGAAUUGGCGUUGCGGGUCCGGGAUGUUGAGGACCGGUGCUGAGGAGAACGCCAUCUUGAGGCGUUGGAAUGCCUUCUCUGCCUGUGGAUUCCAUACAAACGGAACUAGACAAGAGUGGAAAGAGUAUCGUGUCAUUCAACACGACAAAUUCAAUAUGAUGACAUCUCCAAACUUUGUCUUCUUAGUGGCGUAUUUGCUCUUUGGGAAACUGGUUCACACAGGAGCAUGUGCUGGAGGAGAACACAGCGUUUACUGGCUCAAGAACGCUCAAGAACCUCACCAUGGAACCAUUUACACCAAAGGAAACAGAAGUGAUCAGUGUGAGAGGAAACCCAACACUCAAACACACACCUGUGUCUACAAAUUACCAAUGAACAGUGUGAAUCUCUCUCAUGCUGGGACCUACUACUGUGCUGUCGCCGCAUGUGGACAUAUACUGUUUGGGAACGGGACCAAACUGGACUUUAAGGUGUCUCCAUUUGCAGACCAGUCAUCAAUGUAUAUCAUGGCUGGAGCUUUGACAUUCACCACCCUCCUGAGUAUUUUACUGGCUUUCUUACUGUACAAGAGAGACAAAUGUUCAGAGUCUUGUGCCCAAUUAUCAGCUCGCUCCACAUCAAAUGAAGAGGGAAACAGAGAUGGAGACAAUGUCCACUAUGCUGCGAUAAAUGUCCACCUGCCUAACAGAUCAAGAAGACAGAUGGACAAUGCAAAUAAUGAAUGCAUGUACUCCAGUGUUCGACAUUAACUCUGUCUUUGUUAGUUCUGUCAUUUUCUCAGUCUUUCUUUAUUGUAAACAUCACACGUGAAGUUUUGGUUUAGUUUUUUCCCCCAAAUGAGUAUCUGAAUCUUAUUCAGUUACACUGUAAUUUACAUGCUAUUCUAACAUAAAGAGAGACGGCAGCUCUUCAACUGAAGACCCUUCAGCAGAGAGCUAAACAAGGUUCCAGCAGCAAGAGAAUCCACUCUGCUGGUCUUCAAGCAGGCCCGCUCACAGCAGCCUGCUAUCAGAGGCAGCGACAUCAGAGGGAUCCAGAGCCAGGUUAGCUCCAAGUAGCUAACUUUGUAAGGAGGACCUGCACACAC